AUGGCGAAGACCAAGAAGCAGUGUCUUGCAAUGCAGCGCACCGACCUCCAUGCUGAACCUCCCCAGCAUCCACCUGCACCUCCACCUUCUGUGCGACACACGCGCAAAAGAGCUGAGGAGAAGGUGAACGCUACUGAGUCCAAGAAGGCCAAGAGUUCAGAGAUGGAGGUGACUGAGGUGACUGAUCCGCCCUUUGAGCUUUGCUGGGAAAACCUUGCCAAAGUCAAGAAGUUUUACCAGAUCACAUACCAAGAGGCUUGUGAGCUUUUGAGUGAAGUGGUGGGUCCUGACCCCAAGGGUGCUGCUAUGAGGGAUGCUCUUGCGAAAGUCAAGAAGGAACGUCCCGAAACCUCCGCUUCCACCAAGUCUGAGCCACCGCCCAAGAAUGCCAAUUCUAUGCCUGGGCCCAAGAACGCCAAGUCUAUGCCUGAGCUAGAUCCCCAGAAUGCCAAGUCCAAGUCUAUGCGACCUACCAUGGAAAAUGAGAAACCUGAUGGUGGUCCCUUGGUACCUGAGGAGGGAGAGGAUUCUUGUGAGGGGGAAGAGGAGGAAGACUUUGAGGGUGAUCCUAUCGAUGAAGCUGAUGAGAUUGCUAUGUCAGCUACAAGCAAGGGGAAUGAUGACGAUCAGGACUCGCCAGCUGCGGGUGCAACCGUUGAGCAUGAGGGUGAAGUGAUGGGGAGGCCUGAGGCUGUUGCCGUUGAUGAGGAGCCUACACGAUCCCCUGUUGUUGUCAACCCGGAAGUGGAAGCUGCUAAGGGCGCGGUUCCCUCUAGCUGGAAGACAACUGUGCCGACCCCUGCCAGAAAGUCUAGCAGAAAGAUUGUCCAGGCUACGCGUGUGGAUUCAUCGGAGACCGAUGCAUCGAACCCCAAUCUGCGCUCGCUGUUGCCUCCUGUCUCGAUCUGGGCCAUGCUGCACGUGGAUCGAAGGUUGGGCCCAUCUGCUUCGGAAGUAGCUGACCGAUCCUUUGACAAGAAGAUGGAAACUAUGGUGUCAUCCCUCAGGAAUCUCAAGCAGUUGUGUGGUCAAGGUGGUGAUGAAGAAAUGUGCAACAUGCUCAACAUGAUUGCACCAAACCUUCUUCGUGCGAUUGCUGAUGAUGAUGAAGAACAAGGUCAUGAUGAGCAACAAGAAGUUGUUCGUGCAAAGCGGGGACUUCCUACGUCCUACAAGCCCAGAAAGUCUGCCCGAGUUGGACCCCAUGUCCCAGAAGACAAGCCUGUGCCAUCCAACGAACCUUCCGAGACCACUGACAAGACUGACAAGACUCCUGAGACCAUUGACAAUACUCCUGCGACCAUCGACAAGAGCCCAAUGGACAAGAAACCUGAGUUGGACAAGACCUCUGAUGCCAUGAUCAACAGUUCUUCGCAUCGUGCUGCACAUGCCCGGCUGACCCGAAAGAUGCAGGGGCUGGAUCCGGCCAAGUUUCCCCAUAUGUGCAAGUUGUGGCAGGGUGGGCGCAAGGAAAAGCAAGAUCUGCUACGUCAAUGGGUGUCCUGCAAGGAGAACAUUGAAAACGUGGAAACCACGCUUCGCAUCACCCGUUCGCAGACAGGUGAGCUUGAGCACAACCGUGAGUUGCUGACCAUUGCAGAGAUGCGCAGUCGUGGAUUUAGCCAGAAGAAGAUUGAGACCAUCAUCACAAAGAGCACCCCCCAUCCUGAUCCUGAUUGCCCUGAUGACGAAGAAUCAGUUCGCUUCUGGUGCUCAUUGGGUGGGAAAAUGUCUCAACGUGAAACCACGCAGGUCACAGCCACGGAUGAGAGCACCAUAGAGACUACCCCCGAUGCAUUGGGCCACUUGCUUGGUGGAUCAGCUGAUCUAGGGCCAGGUUCUGCUUUCUCAGGUGGACCGGUUGGGAACCGCCCUGCUUUGAAGAGUUUGCUUGACCUUGCAAAUGCUCCAGAUGCUGAGACGGCCCCAGUUGCGAAAGCAAAAGCGAAAGCCAAGGCGAAGGCCAAGGCGAGAGUUCAACAGCAAACCCCAAAGACGCCGGCAGAGCAGCGACAAGCUAUUCGCAACCAGCUCAAGGGUGAAUUCACCAAGUGCUCUGUGGGCUUGGAAUUGCCAUCGGGACAUGCUCUUCGAAGUUCUUUGGAUGAUGCCAAGGAGUUGGUUGAGGCUCUGAUGGAUGAGUUGAAAGGCGUGAGCGAUGAUGAUCUCUCGAGCUUUGAAGCGAAAUGCACCGAGGAGGUACGCAAGAUCCGAAUGCUGAGGGCCCAAGCUCGUGCUGUGGCCACGGAGCUUCGCAAAGAGGCAGAGUCCUGA